AAUUACGUUUUGUAAAAAGGCCUAUUUCUGCUUAUUACAUUUAAAGUUGGUUUUAUACAAUUAUUAAAAGAAAGACUUUCAAUCAUAAUUAAUAUAAUUACCUUCUAAAAAAUUCUUUCAUCCUUAUGGAUAUUAGCUGCUGUAUUCAAAAUAUGAAUAAAUAAAACAUGUGUUCUUAAAGACUAAAAUUUCCAAAUAUUAAAGCUACCCAAAUAAAUGUUAACAGUAUGCCAAAAAAUCUGGUAUAAAUUUACAGUAUAUUAUUUACACUAAUACUCGGGUUCAUAUUUAUGAAUUUGUAAUUAUAUUCACGAUAAUAAGAUAGCAAUGCGAAAUUACAGAAAUACAAAAUGAAUUUACAGUCUAUGUGCGUGUAAACACAUGAAUAGCACCUAUCUAUCGAUCAAACAUUCGAUCGUUGUUAAGGAGAUAUAGAGAGAUAUAUAUAUAAGUGUAGUGAUUUUAUAUAAUGGUGUCGCAGUUUUGUCAAAUCUAAUGCGCCUACUAAAAUAUGACAGAUCAUAUGGAAAAUAUAGUGUCACCAUGGGAAAUCGAGGCUUUCGUGCAAAGUUUAGACAUUUCAAUUUUGGAAAAUAUUGGUACAAAAAGGUACUAUGCAUACAUAUAUAUAUUAUUCAAUACAUUAUCAAACCUGAUAAAGAUACACAACUAUAUUCUAGCUGGUUGGAAUUCCACAAAAGACUGACAUUAUUAAACCAGCAAAGCGUACUUGAAGUAACAGGAUUGCGCGAAGAGAGUGUUAUAGAAUGGUUUAUUUCACUAAAGAAAAUUCCCGUUCUUAUAUACGAAGUUAUACAAAUCGACAUAUGGAAACACAAAGUAUUUCCAUUUUUAAUUGAUCUUAAUGGUGAACCUUCAAACACAUUCAUGCUGUUUAGCGUACUUUAUCAUGAAGUCGUCGCAGCUUCGUUAUUGGAAAAUAUAUUAUUUCAUUGCGAAAGCGCGCAAACAUUGGACGAUACGGUAAUCGAUCUCAUCGAUUAUGCCGUUCAACACGUGACUAUGCUUCUCGAUGAGAAAUCUUUAGAGAUCUACGAAAGUCUCCCAAUUAAAACAAACUCGUGUCUGGAAGAGAUAUUGGAGAAACUAAAAGUAUUUGAGUUUGACAUUGGAAUGCGAUGUAUUUCGAUUUUACAUUAUCUAAUAGAAUUUUUAGAUAAUCUACCCUUGUGUGCUGUUUCACGUAUGUUGGCCAUUCACGACAUUCCUUACUUGUUCGCACAGUUAAUUGAAAAUCAACCAUGGAGAAAACAAAAUGAAAACGGUGAGAUACUAACUUAUGAUGCUAACUGGAAAAAAAUUCAAGUAGAUGAAGUAGGAAAAAUUUGUAAAAGAGAAGGACAAGUGUGGUUUGCUUUGAGAGAAUUACUUCUCAAUCCUAAAUGUUCCCCAUAUUAUGAAAUCUCGGAGCACAGAUUGUCUCAAUUAAUGAAACUACAGAAAUAUCUGCAUGAAAAUGUAUUAGAUCAAAUAGCUCCUUUGAUAGAGCUCAAAAGAUGGUUAUCCUACUUAAAUAUAUCAUCUGCAAUACUAUCGUCGAACACAACCAAAGCUAUUUUUGUCGAAGUUAUACCACAGAUAAAAUUAUCAAUUCUGGAAAAAUACCAUAAAAAAUGGAGCAAAGUGGCCAGAUAUCAGUCCAAGUGUUUAUAUACAAUGGAUACUAAUUACAUUAAAGAUGCUGCCCAAAUUUUAAACGAAGUUUACGAUUUGGAAAAAUUGGAUCGCUUAGAAACAAAAAAAUGUGCUUUGUGUCAAGAAUUAUCUAAAAAGCGAUGUUCCAAGUGUAAAGAAGCCUGGUAUUGCAGCAGGUACGUAAAAAUAUUAUGAAUAUAUAAAACUACGUUACAUCAAAUCUUAUAAAAAAAAAACAAAAAUGACAUACUUUUUUCACAGACAAUGUCAA